AUGCCACUACAUAUUGCCGCUGUUUUUAUCUUGCUCGUCGCAAGUGCGCUUGGUAUUAAUCUUCCAAUUGCUCUUCACGCAUUCAAAGAACAAAAAGCUUUUAAAUGGGCGCUAUUCAUAGUGCAGCACUUUGGUACUGGUGUUAUACUGUGUACAGCAAUUGUGCAUUUAAUUUUCAGCGCGAUUCACAAAUUCGACGAUGAUUGUUUGGAUGGACUGGCGUAUAAACAAACACCGGCAGCAAUAGUUUUAGCUGGCGUUUACAUAGUAUUUCUGUUUGAUUACCUGGGUGGUCGCUUUAAUUCUCGAAAACAAGCGCACGAUGAAGCACUUAGAAAAGAAUCACAAAAUGACGCCAACUGCAACUGUGACAUGAUAUCUGUCAGUGACUCAGUUAAAAAGAUCCAGUAUGACGCCGAGUCUACCCGCACAAACUCAGAAGCUGCAAUGAAACAACUCAAAUGGGAAGUCUUGCUGUUAGAGGGCGGCAUUCUGUUUCAUUCAAUAAUUAUAGGAGUGGCGCUGUCAGUUUCAACGGGGGAGAGCUUUAAACCUUACCUGAUCGCCUUGGUAUUUCAUCAGAUGUUUGAGGGUAUGGGAUUAGGGUCGCGUAUAUCCCAAUUGAGUUUCGAGAGAUGGCACAAGCUGAAGAUUUUCAUUAUGAGUUUUGCCUUCAGUAUUGACACGUCACUGGGAAUAAUAAUAGGGAUUGGCAUUAAAGAGACAUACUCUCCUAGGUCAAAGUCAGCACUGAUAGCUAUUGGAACGAUUACAGCGUUGUCAGCAGGGAUACUGUUGUACGGAUCGCUAGUGGAAUUGGUGGCGAAUGAUUGGUUCAGAAGUCCUGAAAUGCAAUACGCAGGGAGGUUUAAAACAUUUAUCGGUAUUUCGAUGUUGCUGCUUGGGUCGCUAUUGAUGGCAGUACUAGCAUAUUGGGCGUGA